CACCCCCCCCACCCCCCCCACACCCCCCCCCAGCAGCGCCGGCCCGAGGGGGGGCCCCGCCGCCCCCCAGCACCAUGCGCUGGGGGGGCCUGAUCCUGCUCUGCCUGCUCCGCGCGGCGCUGGGCGCAGGACACCCCCCUGGGAGCCCAGCGAUGGGUGAAGGCCCAGGGAGCGAGGGGACCCACAUCAGCCAGGACCUGGUGGGGGGCAGCUUGGCCAUCGACACGCUGCCUGCCAAUGAAACACGGAUCGUGGAGGACAACCACAGCUACUACGUGUCGCGGGUCUACGGGCCGAGCGAUGCUCGUCUGAGGGGGCUGUGGGUCGACUUGGCCACGGCCAACAGGAGCCAAGUGAAGAUCCACGGGAUCCUCUCCAACACGCACCGACAGGCAUCGAGAAUCGUCCUCUCCUUCGACUUCCCUUUCUAUGGCCACCUCCUGCGGCAGGUCACGAUAGCGACGGGUGGCUUCAUCUUCAUGGGGGACGUCAUCCACCGGAUGCUCACGGCCACGCAGUACGUGGCUCCCCUCAUGGCCAACUUCAACCCCAGCUUCUCCCGCAAUUCCACCGUCCAGUACAUGGAUAACGGGACGGCGUUCGUGGUGCAGUGGGACAAGGUCUAUCUUCAGGGGAAGGAGGAGAUGGGGAGCUUCACCUUCCAGGCAGCGCUGCACAGCACCGGCAGGAUCGUCUUUGGGUACAAGGAGGUCCCCGUGCCGGUCCUGCAGAUCAGUGCCACCCAGCACCCCGUGAAAGCUGGCCUCUCCGAUGCCUUCAUGGUCCUCAACCCAUCUCCUGAUGUGCCUGAGUCCCGCCGCCGGACCAUCUACGAGUACCAUCGCGUGGAGCUGGACACCAGCAAGAUCAGCAACCUGUCAGCUGUGGAGUUCACCCCCCUGCCCACCUGUCUCCAGCAUCAGAGCUGUGAAAUGUGUGUGAGCUCGGAGCUGACCUUCAACUGCAGCUGGUGCCACGUCCUGCAGAGAUGUUCCAGUGGCUUUGACCGAUACCGUGAGGAGUGGCUCUCCUAUGGCUGCGGGCAGAAGGCUGAGGAGAAGACCUGUGAGGAUUUAGCAGCCGGUGAGCACUACUCAGCACCUCCUGAGAGCUCUUCCUCCCCGCUGGAUGAGGACAUCACCACCUCCACGUCCUCGCUCUUCAUUGACAGCCUCACUACAGAAGAUGACACGAAGCUCACUCAGUACGCAGGCAGUGAAGGGCUGGGAAGCAGCCUUCCUUCCAAGCAAGCCAGCGCCCCGAUCCACACCGGCACCAUCGUGGGGAUCGUCCUGGCCGUGCUGCUCAUCGCAGUCAUCAUCCUCGCUGGCAUUUACAUCAACAGCCACCCCACGUCCACCGCUGCCCUCUUCUUCAUUGAGCGAAGGCCACAUCACUGGCCUGCCAUGAAGUUCCGAAAUCACAGCAACCACGCAACGUACUCCGAGGUGGAACCAGCCAGCCAGGAGAAGGAGGGCUUUGUGGAAGCAGAACAGUGCUGAGCGUUUCUUCCCCCCCCUGCACCUCAAACCUCCCAUGUCUCAAGUGUUGGAGUCUUCUGUUAUCCUAUUGCAAAGUCUUUCCCCUCUUGGAAAAGAAAGAGCGAGUAGAGGCAAAAAAAGACCCAAUGGAGCAUUUGAAGAGUGAGGCGGGGUGAUGUGGGGCUGGAUUUACCUGGAUUCCUCACGGGAUAGCAGAGCCUGCAGGGAUGGCAGUUGGCUGUGGACAUUGGACUGGCUGUAGCCCUGGAUGCGGGGUGGAAAGAAGUGCACUCAGCUCUUCAGCUCACAGUGGGGUUUAGGGUUUGUGGCUGGGUUUUUCCCCGCUGUGUUGGCUGACCUCUUCCCUCCUCCACCGGGAGCCUUACAGGGGCAGCAAAGGGGGAAGAAAUCUUGUUAUGGGCAAAACAUGGGGUUGCCUCAAGCAGGAAGCUUUUGGGGACAGCAAACCCGAUGCUUUUUGCUGCCUGCACUCAGGAAAGCUGGGCUGAUUCGCUCAUCUCCAUGGAGAGGCUGGAGAGGUGCUGGUGGUGGCCCAGGAGAGGUUAAGGCUGGCUCCCAGGGCUCACCAACCCUCUCCCAUCUUCAUCCCUUUCUCCUCUCUCCUAUCUCCAUCCUUGUCUCUUCUCUCAAAUCUCCAUUCCUGUCUCUUGUCUCCCAUCUCCAUCCCUUUCUCUUCUCCCCCAUCUCCAUCCCUUUCUCCUCUCUCCCCUCUCCAUCCUUUUCUCUUCUCUCCCAUCUCCACCCCUUUCUCUUCUUUUCUCUCCCAUCUCCAUCCCUUUGUCUUCUCCUCUCUCCCCUCUCCAUCCCUUUCUCUUCUCCCCCAUCUCCAUCCCUUUCUCCUCUCUCCCCUCUCCAUCCUUUUCUCUUCUCUCCCAUCUCCACCCCUUUCUCUUCUUU